AUGGAAAAUGUGCUCUUUCUACCAAGUGACAAACUAACAGCGCAGGUGCCAGAUUGUCGAAAGCUUCAUGACCUUCAGUAUUUCAACAUUCAACUUAAUCAUCUUGGAAGCAGUAAAAAUGGAGACUUGAGUUUUCUCUCAGGCUUAACCAAUGCUACAGAGUUAAGAAAGUUUAUUAUAGCCGAUAACAAUUUAGGAGGGACGUUGCCCACAUCAAUAUCCAUUCUCUCAACCAUGCUUCAAAAAUUUUGGUUUCAAAGUAACCAACUAGAUGGAAGCAUCCCGGAUGAGAUAGUGAAUCUGGUCAGCUUGGAAUCGUUGGCGAUGUGGUAUAAUCACUUCACAGGUAACAUCUCCACUAACAUUGGGAAGCUUUCAAUGCUUGUAGAAUUAGAUAUUUGCAUGAAUGAAUUAUCAGGAAGCAUUCCGUCCACUCCUGGAAAUUUAACCAAGUUAAGCAAACUCUUCUUGGGAUAUAAUAAUCUUCAGGGCAUCAUACCUGCAAGCCUAGGGGAAUGCCAGUCAAUGCAAGCAUUGGAUCUCUCAAAUAAUAACCUUAAUGGCGUAAUACCUCAACAAGUUAUUGGCCUGACAUCCUUAGCAAUGCUUUUGAACUUGUCUUCUAACCACUUUACUGGUUCUCUUCCCAUGGAGGUUGGAAUGUUGAAGAAUCUAGGUGAACUGGACGUUUCUGAUAACAUGUUAUCCGGAGAACUUCCUAGGAGCCUUGGUGGUUGUGAGAGUUUAGAAGUCCUACACUUGCAAGGCAACUUCUUCAAUGUUCCCAUUCCUUUGUCUAUGAGUUUGUUGAGGGGGAUUCAAGAUUCAGACCUCUCUUGCAACAAUUUCUCAGCUGAAAUUCCAAAGUUUUUUUAG